AUUCAGUUUAUGACGAGCAGUGCACCAGCUGUCCGAAGUCAGUGUCCGAAUCAUAAUUGAUAUCUUGUGUACAUUGCUAAAAACAAGGCACAAUGUCGUACGCAUAUCUCUUCAAAUAUAUCAUUAUAGGAGACACAGGUGUUGGGAAGUCAUGCCUCCUCCUACAAUUCACAGACAAGAGGUUUCAGCCUGUUCACGAUCUAACGAUAGGUGUUGAAUUUGGAGCGCGGAUGAUAAAUAUUGACGGCAAACAGAUUAAAUUGCAGAUUUGGGAUACGGCUGGGCAAGAGUCCUUCCGGUCCAUCACACGGUCCUACUACAGAGGCGCUGCAGGCGCGUUGCUGGUGUACGAUAUAACAAGGAGGGACACAUUCAAUCACCUGACGACCUGGUUAGAAGAUGCCCGCCAGCAUUCCAGCUCCAAUAUGGUCAUCAUGCUCAUUGGAAAUAAGAGUGAUCUUGAGGCCCGUCGGGACGUCAAGAAGGAAGAAGGUGAAGCGUUUGCCAGGGAGCACGGCCUGAUCUUCAUGGAGACAUCGGCCAAGACGGCAGCCAACGUAGAAGAAGCCUUCAUCAACACAGCUAAAGAGAUCUACCAGAAGAUCCAGGAAGGCGUAUUUGAUAUUAACAAUGAGGCCAACGGUAUCAAGCUCGGCCCUCAACACUCACCCACGAACCCCACGCUACCGUCGCAAGGAGGUGGCCAACAGGGCGGAGGGGGCUGCUGCUAGAUAACUUCGAAAAACAUUUCAUCCAAUCAGGGAAAACGAAAGGGGAAACAAAACAAUCAUCUGCUGGAGAAAAACACCCGGCAGGAGAAACACAUAGUUCUUUAUUUUGGUUUUUAGACUUUUAUGUGCAAAGGAAAAUAAAUUUAAACAAAAAAAAAAUUUGUGUAAACUUGUCGUGAUACUUGUAGAAAUUUGGGGUGUGUAUUCAGCCAUGCAAGAGUUUGGUUAAUCCUAGGAUCUUGCUGUUUAGGAUUUUUCUCUCUUUGUCUAAGCCAUUUGAGAAGUUUUUUUCUUUUUUUCCUCAAAUUUCUGGACCAUGUGUAUACACUCAGCGCUUCAUGAUGGAAUUAUCUCCGUUCCGUUUUUAGAAUGCAGACUCAGAAAAACAAAAUGUGUCUCACCAGUGCAUUACAUCCAUAUUUUGAGAGUGCAGUGUGGUAUAUCUGACAGUGUGAAAAAUCAAUGAGAAUUCCUUGCUCGAGACUGUUCAGCUGUUGAUGAUAUCAGUGAUGUUGAUCUCAAAAAAUAAGCUCCUAGUAACCAGUGCCGCGUGCAUUUUGAAUUCGUGACCGUAGCACGUGAGAACGGGAAUCACUAACGAUGGGUGAUCUUCUAAUUGUGAUGUCGAUGAGUGUGCUAUGUUAAAUAGAAGCGCUUUGCAUGCCCUUAAAAUCUGAAACACAAUAUGAAAAUAAUUAAUAGCGCUGUAAACAUGUGCACCAAGUGUGAAAUGAGAAAUGACAUUUUCAUUUACAUGUACAUAUAACACAAGAAAUGAAAGCUGCCCAUGGGCAAAAAAAUAAAAGGUUUCAUGGUGAUUGGUUGGGCUGCCGUUCCCACUGAAUUCUCAGAGCUCAAAAUGAUAUUGCAAAACCUCUUUUGGCAUUCUGCUUCUUGCAAAUCUUUUAUGAAAGGUUAAAUUGGAAUAUGAAAUAUCUGAACCUAAAACUUGAACCACGUCAUAUAAUGUCACCACCACUUAUUUUAGAUCCACAUUGGUAAUAACUAAUGAACACGGAGUUGAAAAAUGAGGAGAAAAAAAUAGAAACAAAUUUAUAAAAUUGAGAUAGAUGCUGUCUUAUGAUUUUGACGUUUUUCAAGUCUUAAAUUUGUAGACUUUAAAAUGGGGAAUCUGUAACAUACAACGUAGCUGUAGAACAUAGCAAACUUAAAUGCCUUUGAUAUGUACACGUACAUAUGUGUAUAUCGCCUGUAACUUGUGCUGUUCAAUUGUUGUAGAUUGUCUUGUGUUUGGGCUGUUCCGUGGUAUUUUAGACACCUACUCGGUUUAAUUCACCUGGUUAACGUGUGAUUAAUCAGUUUACCACAUGGUUAAUCGGUUUACCAUGGUUAACCGGUUCACCAUGGGUAAUCGCUUUACCAUGGGUAAUCGGUUUACCAUGGUUAAUCGGUUUACCAUGGUUAAUCGCUUUACCAUUGUUAAUCGGUUUACCAUGGUUAAUCGCUUUACCAUGGGUAAUCGGUUCACCAUGGUUAAUCGGUUUACCAUGGUUAAUUGGUUUACCAUGCACGGCAAACCUGGGUUGAAGAUUAGCGCUAAGCGCUGGUUGAAACUGCAGGUGAUAUGUGGGGUUUUAGAUUGGCUUUCUAGGAGGAAGCAUGUUUUGAAAAAAAAUAUAUAUAAGGGAUUUGUUGUGGUGACUUUUUUUGUGGAAAUAAUUUGAAAAAAUGUUUUGACCCAAAAACCUCUUCUAAAAUACCAUAGAAUUGCUGUCAAUAUAACUGUUGAAUAUUUAUAUUGAAUGAUGAUUUGUGAAGUUAAAAGCACACAGUAUAUUAUAUCUACAGGUCUCAUUGAUUAUUAAAAAACACGCAUAUGAUUACUCGCAUUUUCAUAGCCAAGUUAUUCAAAAAUCUGGAGCCUCAUAAUACCAUUGCUUGCUUUUUGGCCAAAAUACUGCAUGAUUAAAAAUAUAAUCUCGUUCUACACACCAUGAACAAUAAUCGAACUCACAUUUGUAUCUGCUAGUACUUUGGAUGUAUCUAUAUUCUUAAUGUAUCGGUAUUAGUUUAAAACAAAGUCUUUUAAAAAAAAUGGGAGAUAACAAAAGAGCAGUUGCUAGUCUUGUUUUCGAGUCCAACUUUUGUUUUGCUCGUCACCAGAAAUCUUAUGUAACACACGGUUAUUAUUUGUCUACCAUGAAUAUUAUUAUGCAUGUGGUGUGUUUUCCAAGCUACCACGUUAUGAAUAGCAGCGAUAGCCUGGAGGCCAUACCGUCAGUGAAUAUUCUGGUGCAUGCACCUUUGGGGUGUAAAUCGGCCACUAACUUGUCCCUAGGCUAUCUAUUAACCAAAUUGAGAGAAGACAAAAAUGUAUAUACAAAUAUACAUUAAAAAGUAUAAAAUGCUUUUGUGCAUAAUGAAAAGUUAUUGCUUUUGUGACAAGCGUCCAGUAUUCGUCAUGUAAAUUGGCCUGUAGAAGGGUUAGCCGAAAAAAAUAAAAGAUAACAGCGAGAAACAAA